GUCAUCCGUUUGUUGUUGUUUUGAGUUUUUGCUGUGCAUUUGACAAUCGUUGCACAAGGGAUCUCCCACAUACAUACGAUGGCACCUGUGGCCAGUGAGUAAUCGACCAAAGGUGAGAAGGAAAGAAAACAACCUCGAUGUGACGCAUUUAGCUUGACCAGUUUCGUCGAACGCCCCGCAAACCUAACCGUCACCCAUCCACCGCCACAACGACUACACGCCACUCCGGGUAAGCAAUGUCCGUGAAGCAGUCGCAUUCGGUGGAGAUGGGACCGAUCGAACCGCACCAGCGGCUUCAGAAGCUCAUCGCCGACAGUCAGCGGGUUUCGAUCGAUCCGACCAUGCCCAUCAAUCGGUACUAUCGGUCCGGGAAUCAGAUCGUCGAAACGGCGGACCGUUCGCUGCGCGAAGGUAAUCUGGAGAAAGCGUUCACCUUCUAUCUGCGGUUCGUGACAAUCUUUGUCGAGCUGAUACUGGACCAUCCGGGGUACAAAUCGGUCCCGCCGACGGACAAGCAGCAGACGAAGGAAAAGAUCAAAAAGAUAUUGCCGCGGGCGGAAGAGAUACGCAAGAAGCUGCUGGACAAGUAUACGACCGAGUACAAGCUGUACAUAAAGCAGCUGAAGCUCCAGGCCGAACAGGAAGAGAAGGAGGAUGAAGCACGGAAGCUGGCUGCGGCGGCUGCUGCAGCAGCUGCGGCAGCAACGGCAGCCGCAUCCAAGGCGGCGGAACAGCAACCGACCACCUCCGGGAUGGGACCGUACGCACCGAGUGCCCCGAGCCACGUUGCAUUCAUCUCGGACAGCGAUGCCAAGCUGAUCGAUCAGGUGCUGUACCCGAGCGAAUUCCUUACGGACCGUAGUCAGGCCACAGGAUUGCCCGGGACGGGACUGCUGCUUGCCGGAGAGGACAAGCGGUUCGACCGUUCGCUAAAGCCAGUAUUGCCCGCCGCACCGGUCGCGAUGACCGGCUUCCGGUCGAUUAUCGUACCGACCGAUACGAUGGCCAAGUUCCUCGAACUGGCCGCCGCCAACACUGCUGCUAAUCUGGAAACGUGCGCUAUACUGGCGGGCAGCUUGGUGCAGACCAGAUUCACCAUUACUCAUGUGAUAUUUCCAAAGCAAAGCGGCACAUCGGACAGCUGCAACACGAUGAACGAGGAGGAGAUUGCGGUCAUACAGGAUCGGCACAAUCUCAUCACGCUCGGGUGGAUACAUACACACCCGUCCCAGACGGCAUUUCUCUCAUCCGUCGAUUUGCACACACACUGCUCUUAUCAGCUAAUGCUGGAGGAAGCAAUCGCGAUCGUCUGCUCACCUAAGUAUCGAGAAACUGGAUUUUUUAAUCUCACACCGUACGGGAUGGAUUCCAUAUCUCAAUGUCGACAAACGGGAUUUCAUCCGCAUCCGACCGGUCAAGCUUUAUUUACUGAAGCGCAACACAUCAUACUGAGCGAUGCAGUGGGAGCAAGAGUGAUUGACCUGCGAUAAAUAAGUGUACUUAUGCUUACGUACAUGCAGAAAUCAAGCAAAGCACAGUUAUGCACAACGGAAGGACGUGAGCGGAUUGCCGCCCAAUACAUACAAAUUACCUGCUACGUGUGUGUGUGUGUUUGUGUGCAUGUGUGUAAUGCUUAUAAACGUAUAAUUGUUGAUAAUUGUCGCGCCUGUUACCCGUUUUCCUUCCCCACACCCAUCCCAUUACCUGCACAAACUACACAGACACUCUCUCAUCUACGGAAACACUCUCUCAUCAACACAAUGCCGUUUCGCACCACGCUUCGAACAACCAAAUUAUGAUGUUUGCUGUCUGCGACAUGAACGCGUGAUAAAUAAUGAAUGUUGUAAUGGAAAGCACUUUAGGCGGGUGAAAUAUGAAUCAAAAUUUGCUUCGUGUUUUGAACAAUGAAGGAGAGCUGCUUUUGUGUCUGUUUGGACGACCGGGCGAACAACGUCGAGCAUGUUUUUGUGAGUCAUUUUCUACGCGCUAAGGCUACACGGGGUGAACAGCAUAGCAUAGCAUAGCAUAGCAGCAGCGGCGGAAACAUCACCAACCGAAUCCGAAGGAUCACCACCCUCCCAGCAAGUGAGCAAAGAGCGUAUGUCCGCAGUAUUUGUCCAAAAUGAUAAGACCGAAAAGUAAAAGCGCGCGCGCUUGAAGUAUAGGUAAUUCACGUUAAAAAAUAUAUAUAAAUACGUGUAAACAUGA